AUGAUGAAACUCACUGCUCUUUGUCUGAUUGUUCUGAUAGUUGGAAUCAAUUUCAGACGGCCUGUGCAUACCUCCAAAGUCACAGGUAAACUAUUACACUGCAACUCACAGUGGGAUGGUUUCAGCAACAGACGCAGUGCUUCCAAUCCAGAAAUAACAGAAAUGAAUUUGGUGAACAAGAAGAAUCAGUGGACAAGUGCUUUGCCAUGCUCAGAUAAGACAGAUACUACAUGGAGGAUGAAACAGAAACCCAUAUAUGCACUUCUGUGUAGGAAGAAGAAAAUGAUCCCAGCUGAUCAGCUAUGGUCUGGUGAAUUAACCCUUCCUAAUGGCGUUAUUCCUGUACCUGAAGGCACCUUCCUGGUGGAAAGAGAGAAAGAUCUAUCAUCUUAUAACUGGAAUUCCUUUGGUCUCAGAUAUGGAAAAAGAGAAUCUGGGACAGUAAAGUCUAAAGUGAAAAUCUAGUAAUAUCAAUGGAUCGUA